CAGCGCCAACGCGCCUCGCAGCUUGGCUCCGCACCCUCACCCCUCUCUCCUCUGACAGCAUGUCUCAGAACACCGCCAGCGCCGCACCGGGCGUGAACGCCAGUGGCAGUGCUCCCGAGAAGCUCGAGACGCCCUCGCUGCUCGACUUCUCCACCUUCCCGCCCGACGCACUCCACGCCUACGUCACGACGCACAAUCUCGCACACAGCUAUCCUCGCGCGGCUGUUUCUUCUCCUGCGCCCGCGAGCGGCAAUGGCGCAGGCGCAGACGCGGCGGCGUCGAGCAGCACGCCCGAGUUCGCAGAUGCAGACGCGGCGGCCGCGUACCUCGGCGGCCUGGCCGGACGCCACUUCACAGCGGCACCCGCGCCGAAAGAGGGAGAGGUGGUGGUGGGCUUCUUGCUGCGGUGCAAGGUCGGCGUGACCAUGAACAGCAAGAUUGCGCCCUCGGCCGGCCGUGUGUCGCGCACCAAGGCGUACAAGAAGAAGGGCGGCUACAAGCACACCGACCGCAAGGGCGUCAAGGCCGCCGUCGAGGCGCCGGCCACGAGCAGCACCAAGUCGCUCAAGAAGGGCGGCGACCGCAGCGUGCCGACGGCCAAGGCCUCGCGCUUCUACCCGUCCGAGGACGUGGCCGUGCCCAAGCAGACGCGCAAGGUCGCCUACCCGGCGCACCUGCGCAAGAGCAUCACGCCCGGCACGGUGCUCAUCCUCCUCGCCGGCCGCUUCCGCGGCAAGCGCGUCGUGUUCCUGAAGCAGCUCGAGAGCGGCCUGCUCCUCGUCACCGGCCCCUUCAAGGUCAACGGCGUGCCCAUCCGCCGCGUGAACCAGGCGUACGUCAUUGCCACCAGCACGAAGCUGGACAUUGGCAGCGUUGAGGUCGACGCCAAGCUGAACGACUCGUACUUCGCGCGCGCCGCCACCAAGGGCGCCAAGCCCGAGGCGUCCUUCUUUGCCGACCCGGCCAACAAGGAGGCGCACCCGGCAGGCAAGGCUGCCGACCAGAAGGCGCUCGACAAGGCGCUUCUCGCCGCCAUCUCGCCCGUGCAGAAGAAGUACCUCGCCGCCACGUUCAGCCUGAGCAACGGCACGUACCCGCACAACAUGCGCUUCUAAGCGCAUCGUCGUGUAGCGCAGUGGAGGAGCGCACCGGCGCAUGAGUCGAGACUCUUGCGUCGCAGGGCCUGAAUGUCACGCUUGACACUCAGCCCACGUCCACUUUCCCGCACGAGCAGCAGGCACCUCUCGCCGUCGUUCGUGCACACUGAGCGGCAGCCAGCGCUGUCCGUUCGGGUCCCCUUUCCACUCCGCACUUGCACAUUUCACCACCCACGUUCCCCACAUGUCCCCGCAUGUCCCACCACCCCAAACAUGGCUUGCGCCGUCCUCCUCUCAAGGCGACGCUCGCUUCUUCGCAGCCGUCCAGGCCUCUUGAUGGCUGGGCGCUACACCACACACACAC